CCCCUCAAACAGGCAGUCCUGAACAUCAGCGAAGAUGCUUGCCAAGUUCAUCAUUGUAGCUGCCGCCAUUGUCAGCUGGACAGAUGCUCUACAGGGAGCUUUCUACGACUUGUGGGAAGGCUUCCCUGCAGGAGUAGAACCUUCCUGCUCUGGGACAUCAUUCCCUGGCUUCUGGAGAGAGGAUGAGGCUGCUAAUCACCAAUUUACGGAAGGAGGAAAAGUCGCCAUCCCUGAGCAGCUCGGAACGUUCGCUUGUAUGCGAGCGCCGGCCAUGGAAAUCCAGAGUGAUUACCGAUUCGGCAUCAAAUUUUUCGUCCCGGAGAAAAACUUUGCUGGCAGUGAUAACCUGAUGCUAUUGGUCAACUUCGUCGUGGAAGGGACUACAAACUACAUAACGCUGCCCAUCUUACAAAGUCAAACUUCCAUUGGCUGGAACACAAUUUAUCGUAACGUGCCUAGUAGCUUGGAAUUUGGAUCCAAACGGUACCUGGUUGAAAUUGUUUCACCAAACGACAAGCCGGACUUCACCGCAGUGCGAUGGUUCGGCGUAUCUAAUGAGAAGCUUCCACCAGUGACUACAACAACUACGACGACCACUACAACAACAACAACGACCACCACUCCAACCACAACUAGGAGAGUAGGCUGCCGCAGUAGCUGGAACAAAAGCUGAAUACCAAAAAUGUGUGAAAUAUUUUAUUAAUGUAAUGAUUUAUAAAUGGUAUUAAAACAAUAUUGCCUUAUA